GCAAAAAAAACAAAAAUCUGCUUUGCUAAAUCAAAAAAUAUGCGUUAAUUAAUUUUUUUAAUGAGUGCAAUGGAGCUCUAUCAAGCGUUAAAAGCAAACAACCAUUCUUUAAUUGAUCAGAUUAAGUUAAGUAACACUGCCAAAUUAAACAAGCGCUCCCAGAAAAACUCUGAUGGAAUCUAUAUUUUAUAUAAAUUGUCUGGUGGAGCCGAUGGUUUUAUGGAUGUUGCAGCAAGUAAUAGUUUGGCUAGAUUGUAUGCUGAUAAACUUACAAACGAAGAAACAUGUUCAAUGGUGCCUGUCAGAACUCCUCAAGAUGGCAAUUGUUUAUUUUCUGCUGUCUCCAUUGCUUUAAUCGGAAACAAUAUGCUAGCAACAACUCUUAGGAAGCUUUGUGCAAUCGAGUUAUACAAGAAUGCAAAUUUUUUUGCUGUGCAUCCUGUUUUUCAUCUGGGGCAUUUAAGUGGUGUUUUUCAAUCAGAAAGAUCCGCUUUUUUGUUAGGAAUAUCCAAUGUUGCAUGUACUGCAUUUAAAGCUAAAAAGUCUAAAGUUGAUGCUAUUUUGGCUGAAGCAUUAAAUAUUUCUCAAUCUGGUGUUUGGUCAUCUUUAGUGUGUGUGAUGUCAAUCUCAAAUGUUUUAAAAAUUCCAUUGAAACUCUUUUAUCCUACUACAGGAGAUGCAUGUUUAGAAUAUUUAUUUAGAAGUACAUUGUACCCACAGACUUUUAAGAAAUUUGAUGAACCCUAUCAAAUAAUUUACUUAUUGCUUUACAAUGUUGAAUCAAAGAAAGAAUUUCCAGACAAUCUUACACAUAUGGGAAAAAUGCAUUAUUUCAAGCCUAAUCAUUUUGUCCCUCUAGUAUCUAUUAUAAGCACUCAGCCAGAGUUUCCAAAUAUUUUAGUUCGUACCCAAACAAGUUUAAAUUAUUCAAAAAAUAUUGUUGCAACUGGUGAAAAACGCCCUUCAAAUAAUUCACUUCUUCAAAUACCUUGUUCUGCUGUUCAAAAAAUUAAUUUAACCAAACCAUCAUUGAGUAUUAAUAAUUUUUUUUCUGUGAACAAUAAACCUUUGCCAGUAUCCAGUUCAUCUUCGGUUUUAAGUAAUAAAUUUGAAAAACCAGUAUCAGGAGUCGUAAUUCCAAAAUUAAAUGUAAAUUGUGAAAAUGCAACAACAGAAGAUGAUUGCAACGAAUUUGAUAUUGGCUUGUUUGUAGACAAAGUAGGGAAAUUAUCAAACCAAGAGAAGCGUAAUAUUCUAUUGAACGUAUGGAUACCACCUUCUGACUAUGUUUUUCCUAAAACUAAUGGUCCUAAAUGUAACCCUGUUUGGUUCAAAAAAUUUUCAUGGCUCUGUUACUCAAAGUACUAUGAUGGGUUAUUCUGUAUAUCUUGUGUUCUGUUUGGAAAGGCUUCUUCAACUAGUCAAUUAUUUCAUGAAUAUCCGUUUCCGUUUUGGUCAGUUGGAAAUGUAAGAGUAAUAUCACAUAAUAACACUUCACCAAUGCAUAAAACCUCCAUACAAAUAAUGCUUGAUUUCCAAGCAGUAAUUAGUAAAAAAACCGUUCCAAUUAAUUUGCAACUCAAUAAAUUUCUAUCUGAUAAUAUUUCUAGAAAUCGGCAAAUUUUGUUUUCAAUAUCACGUGCAAUCCUUUUUUGUUGUAGGCAGAAUAUAUCACUUAGAGGACAUCGAGAUGAUGCUAAACAUCUUGCUUUGCAAUGUAAUAAUGCUGGUAAUUUCCAAUGCUUAUUAGAUCUGAUGGCAUUAUGCGGUGACAAGAUCUUGAGUGACCAUUUUAAAAAUGGUCCUGAAAAUGCCACUUAUCGAUCAAAGACAGUGCAGAAUGAGUUGAUUGAUAUUUGUGCAGGUGUUGUAACAUGUUGAUGGGG